AUAGUAGUGAGGGGUUAUGAAGCUGUGGCCGUGGGUAGCUGUAGGGGUGUGGAUGUGGAUGGCUGAGCUGGGGACCAUAGAAACAGCCCCCAGAAGAGAUGGAACCCGGCCCUCGGUUCCAGGAGCCAGACCCCAGCCCGUUGUAAACAGGCCUUUCUUUGAUUAUCCAGACUCAGACCGAGCUAGCCUUCUUGCUGUGGCCCGGUUUAUUGGGGAGAAGCCUAUCACGUUUGUUAAGACAGAUUCCAGGCCUGGGCUCUUCCAGCACAUCCUGGUGGGGACUUUAGUGGUGGCCUUCUUCUUCCUGCUUUUCCAGUUCUGCUUGCAUGUGAACUUCCAGAAAGGGGCCUAGUGAGAGCCAGCCAGAGCCAGCCAGAACCAGCAGAGGUGAGCAGGUGAGCCGGUGAGCCAGUGACGGAGACCUGGACCCAGCUGUGAGCCACACACAUCUACCCUGCCUUCUGUUGAGAAAUAAAGGUGGUGUCACCUUC